UACGGACAGUGGUUAUAAAUACAUAUUUUAUAGUUUAAACAAGAAAAAGGAAGUAUAUACUUGAUGGAUGAUUAUUGGGAGUGUUCUGUUUGUACUGUACAAAAUAAGAGUGAAGCCUUCAAAUGUGAAGUUUGCAACACAAGAAAGGGAACAUCAACAAGAAAGCCUCGCGUGACAGCCAGUUUUGUCGCUCAGCAAAUUGCGUCAUCAUUUCCGCCCAUUCCACCACUUCCACCAUCGUCAAAAUAUCAGAGAAGCAAUUCUGGCAAGAGGAGCACAACCAAGAAAGGCCUAAGAAGCAAUUUGAAGUUCAGUAUUGAUAAAAGUAGUGCUGAAGAAAUCGAAAUCACAGUUGAUGACGUCACUGUUGUUAUAACAGAUUACAAACUUCUUCCGAAGAAAAUUGAGGUACAAACACCGGAUGAUAACGAAAUUAACCCGAAAAAAGUCCAAAUUGCGGAGAUCGAACAGAUUUCCCCAAAGGAGGAAUAAAAUAAUAUUCGAAUUUUGUAUGAUGUAGUCACAGUCAAACAAAGUUGGCUAUUAACAGAAAAAUAUGCAUUUAUAGACCAGCAACUAACAUAUUGCAACGCUCUGAUUCGGACAGAUACAGCAGUACCCCGUGGAAUAUUUAUACGUAGGAGAGUUUUCUUGCUAAUUAUAUGUUUUUUAUUCUUAUUUUUUAUAUAUUGAAACAUUGAAAGCCAAUAUAUAUUGGAUGUUAUUUCUGAUCAGUUUUUUUACAACUUUGAGAAGGGAGAGAAUAAGCUUUUUGGUAAAUUGAACUUAUUACUGCGAAAAGAAAAUUGGUUUUCGGAAUUAUAGGCCACUUUGAGUGGACUUUGUGUUAAGCGUGCCAAAAAUAAAUCCGUUUUUUAUGCUAAACACAAAAUCGACUUAUAAUAAAGAAACUCCGCGAAGGAGAAUAAUUCAAAUAUUAAUAAAAUAUUUGCAUGCUUUUGUAAAAUUAUUUAGCACAAGCACUCCUUCGCUAUGUAUAUUUUGAUUACGAAAUAAAGAAAGUGUAAACUA